UUGUGCGGUUGUGGGUGAGGCCGGCCGGCGGGCGCGGGAGGAAGUCACGUGGGCGCGCGGGUUCACAUGACUGGUCGCGCGAUGGACCCGCUGCCCGCCGUGGCAGUCGGGUCUGCAGCUGAGGCGGAGGCUGACGAGGAGGCGGAUCCCCCGGCGACAGGCUCGCCAGCACUCCCCGUCAUCGAGUGGGAGGACCUGGUCCCCAGGUCAAUGCAGAUGCCGCAGGGCAACCCGUUGCUGCUGUCCUUCACUCUGCAGGAGCUGCUGGCCAGAGACAGUGUGCAGGUGGAGCUCAUUCCUGAGAAGAAGGGGCUCUUCCUGAAGCACGUGGAGUAUGAGGUGUCCAGCCAGCGCUUCAAGACCUCCGUGUGCCGUCGGUACAAUGACUUUGUGGUCUUCCACGAAAUGCUGCUGCACAGGUUCCCGUAUCGCAUGGUGCCAGCCCUUCCGCCCAAGAGGAUGCUGGGAGCUGACAGGGAAUUCAUCGAGGGCCGGAGGAGAGCCCUGAAGCGCUUCAUCAACCUGGUGGCCAGGCACCCCCCGUUCUCUGAGGAUGCCACCCUCAAGCUGUUCCUCUCAUUCAGUGGCCCAGAUGUGCAGAACAAGCUUAGGGAAGCAGCCCAGGGUGUUGGGGAUGAAUUCCUGAACUGUAAGCUGGCUACUAGGGCCAAGGACUUCCUCCCCACUGACAUCCAGACGCAGUUUGCCAUGAGCCGGGAGCUUAUUCGAAACCUGUACAACAGCUUCUACAAGCUGCGAGACCGGGCCGAGCGAAUUGCAUCCAGGGCCAUUGACAAUGCAGCUGAUCUUCUCAUAUUCGGGAAGGAACUGAGUGCCUUAGGGUCUGACAUGACCCCACUGCCCUCCUGGGCCACCCUGCACCUGAGCACCUGGGCCUCACUAAAGCAGGCUAUGAAGGGCCUAUCUGUGGAGUUUGCAGUGCUGGCAGACAAAGCUGCGCAACAGGGCAAACAAGAAGAGAAUGAUGUGGUGGAGAAGCUGAACCUUUUCCUGGAUUUGCUUCAGGCCUAUAAAGACCUGUGCGAGCGACAUGAGAAGGGUGUGUUGCACAAGCACCAGCGUGCCUUGCACAAGUAUGGCCUGAUGAAGAGGCAGAUGAUGAGUGCUGCCGUGCAGAACUGUGAGCCUGAGUCUGUGGAGCAGCUUGAGUCCCGCAUCGUGGAGCAAGAGAAUGUGAUCCAGACCAUGGAGCUUCGCAACUACUUCUCUCUGUACUGCCUGCAUCAGGAAACGCAGCUGGUCCACGUGUACCUUCCCCUCACCUCCCAUAUCCUUGGGGCCUUCGUGAACUCUCAGAUUCAGGGACACAAGGAGAUGAGCAAGGUGUGGAAUGACCUGAAACCGAAGCUCAGCUGUCUCUUUUCUGGACCCCACAGUGCGCUGACUCCACCACGGUCCCCUGCAGAGGACAGCCUAUGUCCCCACUAGUGCCCAAGGCCACAGCAGAGCUCCCUGUGACUCACUAAAACCUCUUUGCAAAUGGUGUGUCCCUGGCUGAUUCCCUUUGGAUGGCGGCUGCUGCCCCUUGGGGCCUGGAGGGACUGAAGCAGAGGAGCUCAUGUUGUCCAGGGCCAUUGGGGCACAGCCAGCUGCCUCUGUCCCAUUCCUGGGUGGGAGGCUGUACCCUUGACCAGCUUGGUUGUCUGUGGGCCCAUUGGAAAAGAUGAAAUUCUCUGGGAUUUUUUCCAGAGGGCUAGAGUUGGGUGGGGGGUAAGGAUUAUUCCCAUACUGCAGGUCAUGCCUAGGGAGUGCUUAGAUACACAGCAGUCCAGUGGGCUCUCACCUGGAGCAGGGGUCAGCCAAGUAGGGGAAAGGGCAGGCAGGACUGUCCCAUGGGCAGGUAGCUAUCAGACAAGUAUAUGGCCUGUCGCUGAUGGGGAAAGGUUGUACUGUGGACUGGGGCCCCAGCACAGCUGGCUGGGCCACUGCUAUGUGCAUCAGAACAGAAGGCAAGGCAGGGAGGCCAGCUGAUGCAGAAAGGCUCUAGCGCAUUGCGUGUGUCUUCAGAGACUGGGCUGGGGCUUGCCUGCAGGCUGCACGUCCCGAGCUGCCCUCUGCACACACAUGAUGCUGAGGGCUUCUUGAAUGUAAGAUCAGGAGCACUGAGAUCCCUGGGGUGAUGGCAAGGAGGCUCUGCCUGCCUGCCUGAGGCUGGAAGAUGCUGUUUCUUUAAUAUUCUUGGUGGCCACUGUUGGAGGCUAGACUGUGGGACACUGAGGCUUAAGAGGUGGGCCAGGGGGCAGGUGUGGGGUAGGGAGACUGCUGGCUGGGCUUUGAAGGGCAGCAUCAUUGGGCUGAGCCUUUGCAACCAUUUUCGUUUUCUGAAGACCCCUCUUGCCUGCUGGAGCUGGUCUCGUGCUCUGUGGGGUCAGGUCUGAGUGAUGGCUGUUCUCAUUCCUUCCAAACUGGACAUGUAGGGUAUUUGUUUGGCUCAGGUGUCACUGAGCCCUGUCCUUGAUGGCCAGGGAAAGACUGGGAAGAGGCAUGCAACAUUUCUGAAGUUCUCCCAUCUUGUGAUUCCUGCCUGCUACCCAGUGACUUUCUCAGGGUGGAGGAAGGCCUGGCUGGCUCUGAGCCCUGUGGGCCAGAGUGAAUCCGGGCCACCUUAUUCUGGUAGAUAGCUGCGUGGGAUCCACUGGGAGGAUGUGAUAGCUGUGAUUCAGUGCUGCUCCUGCCAUGUGGAUGUGCAGACUGCCCAUGCCUUCCUGCUAUAGGGCUGCCAGAGAGCAGACUGUCCUGUGGUUCAGGGUGGCUCAUGCCUACAUCGUCCCUUCGCAGUGUGGCCCUGAGCUACUCUCCCGACUGUUCCUGGAGCCCUGACCCUAAGGCCUUCUGUCAUGCUGCUGAGCGGAGGCCCUGGGGCCUGGGCAUGUCUCCAUGUUGGGGAGGCACGCACUUCUCACAUGGGCUGUUGGCAAAAGACAUUCCUAGCAUGCCUUCAACAUGUACUCUGUGUGUGACAGAGAAACUGGGGAGUGAAUCCAGCACCUGGGACGUGCUAAGCAAAGAUUUACACCCUCAGCUGGUCUUUAAAAAUUGUACCCUCUUUGAUAGAGGGUCUUGCUAAAUUGUUCAGACUGGCCUCAAACUUUUGAUCUUCCUGCCUCAGCCUCGUGAACAGCUGGAAUUAUAUGUGUAUACCACCAUGCCUGGCCAAAACAAACUUUUAUCUUUUAAAAACUGGCAAGGGACCAGGGGUGAGAGUGAUAUGAUUGUGUACCUGGUGGCCUCUCACAGCAGUGGGAUGGAGAGGAUGACAGUCUGCAUGCCCUGUGGGAGCUCCUGUGCCCUAAGAGUAUGUGUGGACAGAAGCUUCCUUACUUGCUGUCUGCCAUGUCCCACCCCUAGGUGCUUUAGGAAGGGACCUGUGCAGCACCCCUGGCCCAGGCUGGCAGAGUCUGCUCAGCUUUGACUCCAGGAAACCUGCUCCUAACUCCAGGGUGGAGGUCCCAACUCCCUUUCUGCUCUCCUGCUGCUCAGCCUGUGUAUCCAACUAUGGCCUGGCCCGAUGGAAGGAUGCUGGGCACCAUCCUCGCAGGAGAUGAGGCAUGAUAUGCAAUGUCGUGUUGUCCUGGUGAGGAAGGUUGAGGAGGUGUUCAGCUGUGGUCUUGGCUGAUGGCCCUGUGGCCAGAGGGAGGUGACUACCUGCAGGAAGUGCUGGGCACAUUUCUGUCAGGCCCGGCAAGCUCUGGUGGUGUGUUGCUGGGCUUAAGGCCAUAAAAGAAAAGGAUUGCUGUGGUCCUGUGUAGGACCCAGAACUGAAAUCUGCACUGUUCCUUUUCUUGUGUGGCCCAAGCCAGCUGUUCUGUAAGAAGCACUUUCCAUGGCUGCAGGAAUCCUUACUGCCACACCCAAUAAACUGGAACUGUUUACACACAA